AUGGGCAUCAACAACGUUAUCAGGUACGAGCACGAGCAAGAGGGUGUCGAGCCGCGGCACCACCACCACGAGCACAAGCAGACCGGCGCUGCAGAAUCCGAGGUCGACCUCGACAAGACGUCGUCGAUUAGCACGUCGCCGUCUCUCAGUUCCCAGUCUUCGGUCUCUGUGAGUUCGGAGUCGCCUUUCCAACUUGGCAGGGAGAGCAACGUGAACGACAUUUUGCAGGCCAACCGCUCUGCAAUGAAACGUCUUCAGGAGACGAUGCCAGCAGUGCUGGAGAAGUCCGGCCAGGGCCAGUCUCCGCACACCCUUUGGGUUGGGUGUUCUGACUCCCGAGUGAAUGAAUGCACCACUCUGGGCUGCGUUCCCGGCGAGGUGUUCACCCUCCGCAACAUCGCCAACCUGAUUUCUUACCAGGAUUUCUCGUCCAUGUCUGCGCUGCAGUUUGCCAUUGACGUGCUGAAGGUGAAGCGGAUCAUUGUCUGUGGCCAUACCGACUGUGGCGGAGUCUGGGCGGCUCUGUCGUCCAAGAAAAUCGGCGGAGUGCUGGACAACUGGCUGGCGCCUAUCAGACAGAUCCGUGCCAAGAACCUGGCCACUUUGAAGAGCAUCGAGGACCCAUUCGAGAAAUGCACCAAGCUCAGUGAGCUCAACAUUGCCAAUUCCAUCAGCGAAAUCCGCAAACACCCCAGCUUCGUGACUGCGUCGAAACACAGUGGUCUUGAGAUAUUGGGUUUUAUUUAUGACGUGAAGACCGGUCUUCUUCGCGAGAUAGAGAUAGCUAACGAGUUCGAGGACGACGAGCUCCACGACGUUUUCCACCUACAGGAAGGCUCAGCUGCCCAAGCCGGUCAUUAA